CGCUCUGUGUCGCAUCAGAAAUUAUACUACAACCUACAUAGCAAACAUUACGACUACGAUUGAACAAACGAUAGUGGGUGCACUGAGUCUACUAUAUAGUUAUGUUCUAACGAAUGCGAACCUAUUGCUAGUCCUACUGCACAAUACUGUACCGGUUGCACCAGAUCGAACAAAUAAACAAACUCAGCGGCAAAUUAUAUCAAUAUCCAAUAAGCAACCCGAUGCCAGUGCAGAUACGGAGGAAGCGCGAAAAGUACAUUAAAAUCAUAAAUACUGGGUGCUGAAAUCGAGAGAUAAACUCUUCUGCAUAGGAAAAGGGCAGCAAAGACCAACCGACGGACCAACCGACAAGAAAUAUUGGAUAUUGUCUAACCCGUGGAUAGUGUAAAUUAAUCACAAACUCUCAACAAAAUAUCAGAUCAUAUCGCACACCGAAAUGAUUCACAGCCAGAUGGAAGCUUCCCCCUAUCGGAUGCGGGAGCAGAUUUUCAACCCGAAUCAGCGCCAACAGCUGGAAGAUAAUCGCCGAAUUAAAGAACAGCUGGAACAGUUGCAGAAAGAUAAUGUCUCACCGAGUCAAUUGUACAGGCGCCAACAAAAGAUUCAAAUGGAUGUUAACUUGCUCGAUGAACAUGACUCCUUCUAUAAGACAACCAAGAGUCUUUUAGUGCUGUUCCAGAUCAUGGGCGUUAUGCCGAUUAUGAGAAGCCCGGAAGGAGUCAACAUGCCUCGCACUACUUUCACCUGGUGCUCGAAAGCCUUCAUCUGGGCGUAUAUUAUCUAUGCCUGCGAAACGGUCAUGGUUGUCCUGGUGGCACAAGAACGCGUGAAAAAGUUCAUCUCGAACAGUGACAAACGCUUCGAUGAGGUGAUCUACAACGUCAUAUUCAUGAGUAUUAUGGUUCCCCAUUUUCUACUACCGGUGGCAUCCUGGCGCAAUGGAUCCGAGGUGGCCAAGUUCAAAAACAUGUGGACAGACUACCAGUACAAGUACCUGGUGGUGACCGGGAAGCCCAUCGUUUUUCCGAAGCUGUAUCCGAUCACUUGGGCGCUGUGUGUGGUUUCAUGGUCACUUAGUAUUGGGAUUAUGUUGUCGCAGUAUUACCUGCAGUCGGAUUUUCAGUUUAGUCACACUUUCGCCUAUUACCACAUCCUUGCGAUGCUGAAUGGAUUCUGUAGUCUGUGGUUUGUCAACUGCACUGCAUUCGGAACAGCAAGUAAAGCUUUCGCCAAAGCACUUUCCGAGCUUCUGUCCAGUGAACGGCCAGCUGCUAAAUUAACUGAGUACAGGCACCUAUGGGUGGACCUCAGCCACAUGAUGCAACAGCUAGGGAAAGCAUACUCAAACAUGUACGGAAUCUAUUGUUUGGUGAUUUUCUUCACCACAAUUAUCGCCACCUAUGGAGCGUUGAGCGAAAUCAUCGAGCACGGAGCCACCUAUAAGGAGUUCGGUUUAUUCGUCAUUGUUUUCUACUGCAUGAGUCUGCUGUUCAUCAUCUGCAACGAGGCCCAUCAUGCCUCCAAAAGGGUUGGCUUGCACUUCCAAGAACGUCUGCUGAAUGUAAAUCUCACGGCGGUGGACAAAGCAACGCAAAAGGAAGUGGAAAUGUUCCUAGUUGCUAUCGAUAAGAAUCCCCCGACGAUGAAUCUGGACGGAUAUGCCAACAUAAAUCGAGGAUUAAUUACUGCGAACAUUUCUUUUAUGGCAACCUACUUGGUUGUACUGAUGCAAUUCAAAUUGACUCUGCUGAGACAAAGCGCUAAGAAAGCACUUGUUUCGGCUCUAAAAGCCAACUUAACUCGGACCGAAACCAAUUGAACGAGAACUUAGUUUACAGGAGAGCCAUUUUAAUGUAUUUUCCAUGGAAACUUGUUUCUCCCUUUCUCCUCAUUUACACAUUUUAUUCUAAGCCUUUAGAACUUAUUGAACUUCUUCUUGGCACCAGCCAGUUUGCUCACCUUUAGCACAUUGAAGCGCACGGUC